UAUAGUAUCAUAUCAUAUCAUAUCAUAUCGAUUAUUCGAAUAAAAAAAAGUCGAAUCUUUAUAACAAAAUUGUUUCACUUCUUGAAAAAUCAUGUCUUUCUUCAAGCAAAAUUUGCUUACAAGCUUGAGCACCCGCUACGAUUUCGACGAGGACGAUUGGGUUCGGCAAAUCCGGCAAACCCUAGACGAGGAACUCGAAGAGGAAGCUCAAGUUCCCGUCUCGAUUUUCUCGACGCCAAAGCCGUUAAUGGUAACCGAUCCCGAUUCUUACAUCCCACAAAUGGUGGCGGUCGGGCCUUUCCACCAUCUCCGGACGGAGCUUUAUGACAUGGAGAGGUAUAAGGUCUCGGCCGCAAAACGACAACAAAAGGAGCUUCCGGAAGACCUUAAAAUCAACGAUUUUGUCGACCAUUUGAUGAAGCACGAGCUCCGGAUUCGGGCGUGCUAUCAUCGGCCGUUGAACUAUAACGGCGAGACAUUGGCGUGGAUGGUCGCCAUCGACGCGGCAUUCUUAUUCGAGUUUUUUCAGGUUUGCGGGAUGCAGGAAAAAAAAUUCCAACCGGACGAGCCGAUGAAAUUCCCGCACCUAAUCGAGUUGUCGGGAAACAACACGGCGUGCAACGAGAUCCUCAAAGACAUUACUAAGCUCGAGAACCAAAUCCCGUUGUUCGUUCUGAGGAUGCUUCUCGAGCUUAGGUAUUCUUCUCUGGCUUCCGCCGAUAAAGUUUUGUCCAAAAUACUUUUCGGGAUUAGUAAAGAAUUGUCGCCGUUCAAAAUGGUCGAUCGAUCGAAUCGCCGUAUCGAAAUCAAGGAGUGCGCCCAUUUGCUCGAAUUUUUGUACCGUUACAUCGCCCCCGAAGUAGACCCCCCGUCGAACGAUCUAACGGUCGAGAUUAAUCACGAAGACGGCGACGACAAUCAAGAAUCCGUCGCCGCAUCCUCGAAAACCGCAACAUCUCCCGACGAAAGAUUCUAUGUUCGAAUACUCGCCGAUCAUUUAUGGAAGGUCGUUAAAUCGUUGCAUAUCGGCCGUAGGAUUAUGAAACCUAUCAAAGUGUUGAUCAAAUUGCCGUGGAUGGUAAUGUCGCGAAUUCCAUUAUUACGCGUGCUUAAAGUCCCGAUCGAACAUUUGUUUCGAGCCUUCACGGCUAAGGACAAGAAAGAAGAUAAGGAAAAUAAUCGAGACAACGACGGCGGCGAUGGCGACGAAAAAUCGCCUCCGCCGCCGUUGCUCGAAGAAAUCGCGAUUCCGUCGGUGACCCAACUUUCGGACGUCGGGGUUGACUUCGCCCCGACGAAUUUAGGGAUCAAAGGGAUCGAGUUUGACCCGAAAACGUUGACUUUGACAAUGCCCGUUAUUGCCUUGGACGUGAAUUCCGAGGUCGUCCUGCGGAACCUCGUGGCGUACGAGGUUUGUACGGCGGCGGCGGCGCCGUUAUUUCUGACGAGGUAUACGGAGUUUAUGAACGGGAUUAUUGAUACGGAGGGUGACGUGGCGAUUCUGUGUCGGAAAGGGAUAAUAAUUAAUCAUUUGAAGAGCGAGAAAGAGGUGGCGGAAUUGUGGAACGGGAUGAGCAAAUCGAUUCGGUUGACGAAAGUAGCGGCGCUGGACCGGGCGAUUGCGGAGGUGAACCGGUAUUACGGCGGCCGGUUUAGGGUGAAGUGUAAGAAGGUUAUGGAUAAGUACGUUUUCGGGUCGUGGCGUAUUUUGACUUUUUUGGCGACCGUUGCUGUGCUGCUGCUCAUGACUCUGCAGUCUUUCUGCCAGGUUUAUACUUGUGGUAAGCUUCUUCAUAUUGCGGCGCUGGAUUCCCACGGCGGCGGGGAUUGAUUCAUUAAUUAAUACUAAUUAGUAUUAGUUAAGAUUAAUUAAUUGGUGUGUGUUUGAUUUAGUACUACGUUGGAUGUGUGGAUAUUUGGGUUGGAUAAGGUUGGUUGACUUUUUAGGAUGCCGUGGAGAGAAUUUGUGCGGGUUUUGUGUUCGGCCGGCCCGACCGGACCGGCUUGGGUUAAUUGGGGUGUGUUGUUUUGUGUUUACGUUUGGAUUUUAUAUUUUGUUUAAUUGUUUGAUGUGAUAAAUUUUUAAAGAAGAGAAUAGUUAGUGUAAUGAUUGGGGUGAAUAUGAAUGUAAUGUUCAUUGGAAAAAAUAGAACAAACAAUAUAUAAAAAAAAUAAAUCGAAUUAUAUGCUAGUAUAUAUUGUCUGUUUUAUUUUAUAUGUAUUGCCACAAUAUAGAUUUUAUGUUGACACCAAUUGUAAUAUAUAUUACUCUA